AUGGAGAUCCCAGACUUUGUCGAUUCCCGGCCUGGAAGCUUGAAGAAGCCUCCAUCCGUGCUGUCAUUCACUCCGACGGUGCAUCUGGACGCUCACCUGCGCGACUCGGACAGUUACUCGAAAAAGUCUCACCACGACGAUGCGCAAUCACGGACUUCUUACAUUCCCGACUUCCCUCAUCCUCCCCCCACCAACAGCGAACUCAGUUCCAAGACCUCCGCAAAACACCUCCGGCGUAACUUUGCCGUCAACGAACUUCCCCUUCUGCAGGAAAUUAAUCCCUACGAGGAAUCCGACCAGUUCAAUCCCGUCAACGAGGCCGGUCUCUCUUACGACCUGGUCGCUCCGUACGAGGGCGAUGGUUCUGCCCCGCUGCACAGUCUCGAGCGCCAGGCCGACAUCAUGUUCUCUUCAGAGCACAUGCUGGGCAUCCUAACCAACCCGCGCUAUUUGGCGCGUUUUCGCGAGUUUCUCGUCGAGGAGCGACCGCGCUCGGUACCUACUCUGACUUACUACCUUAAUGCCUGCAAGGCGCUGAAAGCGCUGAAUUACGCCAACGCCCUCGUGCGUCUGUCGAUUGAUGUGCCCACUCCGGGCAUCAGCACGGCAGACCAGCCUGUCGGUGAUACAAGGAAUAGUUUGCUUGAGCAGCGAGUUGAUGAUGCGCUCAGUGCUCUGACGGCGGAGGAGUUACCUGCCUUCAUCACAUCCAACUGCAUCAACAUCACCAGCAAGGUCGUCGAGGAGCGAGUACGAGGGACGCUCCCGGAUAAGUUUCAGGGAACGGCAGAUGCACUUGCAGAGGUGUUUUGUCUGACUGAUCCGUCGCGACCGGAUAAUCCAAUUAUUUUUGCUUCAGAAGAAUUCCACCGAACAACACAGUACGGCAUGGACUACGUGCUAGGUCGGAAUUGUCGAUUCUUGCAGGGCCCAAAGACGAACCAGAAUAGUGUGCGACGGAUACGAGAGGGGAUUCAGCAGGGUCGUCAUCACUCGGAGCUGUUCCUUAACUACCGCCGCGACGGCUCCCCAUUUAUGAACCUCCUCCAAUGCGCCCCCCUCUGCGACAGUCAAGGGAAAAUCCGCUACUUCAUCGGUGCCCAGAUCGACGUGUCGGGAUUAGCAAUGGAAGGCGCACAGAUGGAAUCGUUACAAGGCCUACAAGCAGAAAAGGAAGAGCGCGAGGAACGGGUGAGGAGCAUGAAAAGCGCAAAAAGCAUGCUCAGCGAACAGCACGAGGAAGAUGAAGAAACCAUCCCCGACCCGGUCGAGCAGAAGAAGAGCGAAUUUCAGGAACUGAAUGAAUUGUUCAGUCCCCGGGAGUUGAUGAGCGUGCAUGAGCACGGUGGAAACUUGUUCCAACCUACGAUUGAUCCCAGAGCGAGUUCAAGGAGUGGACGGACAUGGCGUGUGCCAGACUAUGAUAGCGAGGAUGAAGAUGCGAACACACCGCAUCUGCAGGGGAUGAAGUUGUCGAAUCCGAAUGUCUCGCUGACUGGUGUUUACGAACAUUACCUCCUCGUCCGACCGUACCCCUCCCUCCGAGUCCUCUUUACCUCCCCCUCCCUCCAAAUCCCCGGCAUGUUACAAUCGUCCUUCUUCUCCCGAAUCGGCGGGUCCGCGUCCGUCCGCGACGACCUCCUGCACGCCAUGAUGGCCGGUCGCAGCGUCACAGCCCGCAUCAAGUGGGUGACACGGUUCAACGACCAAGGCCGCAAUCGCUGGGUACACUGUACGCCGUUGCUGGCGAAUAACGGGGAAGUGGGUGUGUGGAUGGUGGUCAUCGUGGAUGAUGAAGAUGAACAUGUUGUGAGAUGGAAGGGGAACUGGCCUACUGCUUAG